AUGGCGAUAGUCCUCCAGUCCAGCCCUCUGCUGUGGACACGGCUGGCCGCCCUGGCCUUCUCCUGCGUGGCCUUCUCUGUGGCCGUGCACGGCGCCAGACUCUACCACGGCACCGGGGACUGGUGCAUCUUCUGCUGGGCCUUCAGCUUCGCCGGCACCCUGCUGGUCAUCCUGGUGGAGCUGUUCGGCCUGCAGACCCGGGCCCCCGUUUCCUGGAAGAACUUCCCCAUCACCUUUGCCUGCUACGCCGCCCUCCUCUGCCUGUCCGCCUCCAUCAUCUUCCCCCUCUACUUCCUCAAGGGCUCCGCCGGCCAGAGCGAGGUCCGGGACUUCCGCAUCGUGGCGACGGUCUUCUCCUGCCUGGCCACCAUCGCCUACAUGACCGAGGUGAGCAUCAGCAAGGCGCGUCCGGGCGAGGUGGCCGGCUACAUGGCCACGGCCCCCGGCCUGCUGAAGGUCUGCGAGACCUUCGUGGCCUGCAUCAUCUUCGUGUUCAUCAGCGACCCGGUGCUGUACGACCGCCACGACGCGCUCAAGUACUGCAUGUCGGUCUACUGCAUCUGCUUCAUCCUGUCGGCGGCCAUCAUCCUGCUCUGCAUCGGCGAGUGCACGGGCUGCCUGCCCUUCCCGUUCGCCCGUUUCCUGUCGGCCUACGCCCUGCUGGCCGUGGUCCUCUAUCUGUCGGCGACCAUCGUCUGGCCCAUCUUCAACUUUCACCCCAAUCACGGCGGGACGAAGAACCGGCCGUACAGCUGCAGCAGCCAGAUGGGUUUGUGCGUGUGGGAUAAGCUGAUGGCCGUGGCCGUGCUCACCGCCGUCAACUUCAUCCUCUACCUGGCCGACCUCAUCUACUCCACCCGCCUCGUCUUCGUCAGCGCUUGA